AUGGCGAUCUGCACGCCAUCGCCGCCGCCGUUCAUGGCCAGGGCCACGUUGGACAUCAGGUCGCCCAUGGAGUUCCCCCAGGCCAGUACGGUCAGCCCCAGGAUCGCUGGCUCAACACCGAAGAUGGCCCCCAGGGCCACCAGGAGGGCGACCAGCUCGUUGGCGAUGAUGUAGAACCAGACGAUGCUCAUCACGAACCCGGCGAGCAACCACGGGAGGAGGAACUUCUGAGGGGGGCGGUCGCUCCUCGUGAAGAAGAAGGCGGCAGUGCUGAGGGAGAUGCCGGCGAGGCCGCAGAGAAGAAAAGGCGCUUCCGCUCCAGAGCUUGGAGCCGCCGCCGCCGCCUCCCCCUCCCGCCGGGAGCUGCUGCUGAUCCAGAGAAUCGCCAGCAGAAGGGGAGCUAAGAGGGCGCUGGCGACAGCGUAGCCUUUUGACCAUCUGUCCUCCUCGACGAUGGGGAUGGUCAGCCGGCGGGGGAGACUCAGCGGCAUCUCUAUCCAGUGGAGGAGCUUCGAGGAGGAGCAGGAAGGGUUCUCCCCGCCAGAGUUCUCGCUCCAGCCCCAGAGAGGCCUUGGGUUGUCGAUGGAGCUUCCUCUGGGGCCCUGGUUGGAGUAGAUGGCCACAUUGGAGGCCCACAUCCACUGCGGUAGCGUGGCGUGCAGAGGCGGCGGCGCAUGGGUGGAGUCGUCGACGUCGAGCAGGGAGCUGUAGAUGGAGUCGUCCUCCUCCUCGGCCGCCGGAGAGAAGAUGCUCCCUCUGACAGGCAGCAGCGGGGUCACCACGUCCAGCUUCAGCCUUCUGGCGUGCUUCCGCAGGAGCUCGUUGGCCGCGACGGAGAAGGCGUAGACCAGGUAGAGGGAGACGAAGAGGACGGCUCCCCAGACGGCGAUCUUCCCCGUGGCGAGGAUGAAGGAGAGGGACAACAGCGUCAGGAGGAAGAAGACGACGUCCCUGAUGAAGCACCUCCUGUCGAUCUGGACCCUCUUCUCCGCCACGCAGAUGGAGACGACGCCCACCACCACGCAGGUUACGAAGACGGCACCGCCGAGAACGCUGUUCACGCCGACAUCGCCGGUGCCUGA